AUGUGGACAACACCAAAUAACAGCAUCACCAUUUUACACUGACUGGAUUUUAAAGUACUGUUAUUGUAUAGCAAAGUGAAGGAGAAGAAUUUAUCUUCUAAUUUGUGGAGGUAAUAACGGAGUAAAGAAUCUCAAGGACUAAUUGUUAAUGCAAAGGUAUCCAGGUGAAGGAGUUGGCUUGCGCCCUCCACCGUCAGCAGGACACUGAGGGAAGUGCGCGCUCUGUCAGGGUCUGCUCACUGGCUGACUGCUGCAGUUGGACAGACAAUAACUCAGUGUGCCACAAAGACUGAAAUCAUUUCAAUAUGGACCAUCAGGACCACAUGAAUUCUGGACAGGUGGGUGACUCACAGCACUCUCCUGAUGUAGCCAAUUUGUCCAUCAAUGACGGCCAUCAGCAGGACUUGAAGAACGGAAUGGCAGCAUAUGGGGACGGCCCAGUGAAAGAGGAGACACAUGAACCAACAUCUGAACUGACUGACCAAAAGCCUGUUUUGGAAGAAACGGAACCAAGGUCUACCUCCCUUGAUAGAGAUGUACCACUGGAAGUCCUAACACCCGGAAGUCCUUGUCUGCCAGAGAGUGGCCGGAGCAGUGCGGCAUCAAUGAAAGAGGAGGGAGAGGAGGAGAAUGGGGAAAGGGAAAAAUCUGUCAGCCCACACCAGUCACCCAUGUCUCUGCAUCCACUGCCGAGUACUCUUUCUCAUGGAUUGGGUUCGGGGAUCAUGGGCUUCGACAGCCAGGUGAAGAGGAGCCCCUCAGAUAAGAUGUCCGAUCACAGUCCCAGUGGGUUUGAGGAUGAGAAAGAGGAGGAUGAAAAGUCUGAAACAAAACUUUCUUGUUCUUCUGAUGUGGAUGAGGCUCCCAGAAAUGAUAUCAAGAUGGAAAAACAAAGAGAUGAUGAUGAUGAAAAAGAAGAAGAUGAUGAAGAGGACAGAGAAGUCGUUGGUGAUGAAGUAGAGGAAGAAACCGUAGAUAACUUGGUAUGCAGUUCUAUGGCCCCAUCUCAGAAAGAUGAUUUUGAACCCCCUACUCGUCUUUCCCCAGAGGAAGCUAAAAAACGUGGCCUAUCCUUUGACUACACCGAACCUCAGGAUCCUGGUCAACGAAGUGCACUAAUGGGCUGGGAGUGCAGCUCUGACAAAACGCCACCGGAAAGCAAGAGUCCCGACUCCUGCAGGGCAGAUCCAGGCUCCCCCCUUUCUCCUAGCGCCGCGGCUGACCAAACUCAAGAAGAGUCAUCCCUUACAGACUUCCAAACGGAUGCUCGAGAGGAUGAAGAGGAAACCGAGGUACCAGAACAAGAACAGGAAGAGGACAGGACCAGCGUUUCUUCAUUUCCCCAGGCAGCAGCAGCAACCAAGAUUGAACCUGAAGCUGAAACCGUGUCAGAGGAACACGGGGAACCAAUUGAAGCAAAUGAGGCCGAACAGGAGAAACCAGAAACGUAUUUGGAGACGGGCGGUGAUUUUAUUGAAACACAGAAGGCAGUCCAAAACCUCCAGUCUGUUGCCGAACCAGAACCUGAUUCUACUUCGGAUAAAGAUGCGGGUAAGCCCAGCGCCCAAGUAAUGCCCACAAAAAUACCAAGCAAAGCAGCUUCCAUCAAAGAAUCUCCUGUCAAAAAAACGAAGAAACCCGUUGCUACCGUUGCUGCCACCCCUUCCCCUAAAUCUGCUCCAAAACUUCAGAAAACUCCCUCCAAAGAUGCUGCUCCGGCCAGAAAAGAAGGUGUCCCACCCAAAGCCAAAACUGGAGCAGGAGCAACUCCUGAGAGAAAGGCUGGAGAUGCUAAGAUGAAGACGGCAGGUGUCAAACCCCAUGGAGUAGGCACCAAAAUCCCAGCGGCUUUACGGAUGGAGCAGCGAAAGGCAGGACCAGGGUCCAUUGAGAGAGCUGACUCACCUAAAACCCCAGACCGCAGUGGUUGCAACAGCCCGGCUAGUCGCUCCUCCACACCUGGUCAACAGAUAAAGAAAGUAGCCGUGGUUCGCACCCCACCUAAGUCACCCGGUUCACUGAGAUCCCGCGCCCCCAUCGCUCCUGUUGCGCCCCUGCCUGACCUGAAGCACGUCAGAUCCAAGAUUGGCUCUACUGAGAACCUCAAACACCAGCCUGGAGGUGGAAAGGUGGAAAUUGUUCAUAAGAAGAUCGACUUGUCUAAUGUUCAGUCCAAAUGUGGAUCCAAAGGCAAUAUGAAGCAUGUUCCUGGAGGUGGUAAUGUUCAGAUUGUGCACAAAAAGAUUGACUUAAGCAACGUCCAAUCAAAGUGCGGCUCUAAGGCCAACCUUCAUCACAAGCCAGGAGGUGGAAAUGUGGAGAUCAAAUCUGAGAAGCUGGACUUUAAAGCCCAGUCAAAAGUUGGAUCUCUUGAAAACAUUGGACAUGUUCCUGGGGGUGGUAGUAGGAGGAUUGAGAGCCACAAGCUAAGUUUCCGCGAGCAGGCCAAAGCGCGCACUGACCACGGUGCCGAGAUUGUGUACCAGUCCCCCAACUUUUCCACAGACGGAUCGCCUCGCCGUCUCAGUAACGUGUCUUCCUCCGGCAGCAUCAACAUGGUCGAUUCACCACAACUGUCCACGCUAGCUGAUCAGGUGUCAGCCUCCCUCGCUAAACAAGGCCUGUGAGCUGCUCCUCCCUUCUCCGAAGGGUGCUGAUGUGUCAACAAUUGACAAAAAAAAAAGUUUUAAAAGUAUCUCCUUCAGUCCUUUUAAAUAAGGUGCUUGUCGGAUUCUCCUAACUAAAGGUUGUCCCAACGGCUUGUCUGCUUGUGAAAUAAUUUUCGCCUUCUGGCACAGAGGGACAGUUAUUGAUGUUAUUGGCUAGUAUCAUGUUAGUAUCAUCAAAAUAUUUACAAUUGAAAUGGAUCUGGUGGUGUAUUGAUCCAAAUGGUCAUUUACAGCACAGAGUAACCUGAUUUUUUUAAUUGCCCCGUUUUUUAAAAGAAACAAAGACGACGACAUUUGCUCUGUUGCCUUAUUGUGAAUGUUUUCUGUUUUUUUAUUUAUCUUACGCACUCCUGUUAUGUCAUGCAGUAGUGGGAAAGGUUUGGAAAGAUGACGUUUAUUAGAAUAGAUAUGAAUUUGUUAGGAUAGCAACAUUUCAAACACUCUUUUGGUAACACAUCAAACAACUUUAAAAAUGAACAAAAAUGUAAAAAUUAAAGACCUGCUAUUAUUUAUGUAAGCCAGUUCGUGGGCACUAAAGACAAGUGCAUGCUACUGCUUUUUGAUAAAUGCUAUUGCACACCUUUAACAAUAACAGUAACACAUUCUCAAAGCAUCUCUGGACACAUUUUUGCUAGUUAUAUCGUAAAAAAACUUUAUCAAGUGCAAAGAAUUGGGAAUCUUGGUACUAGAAUGUACCUAAAAAAAAAUAUUACGAUGUAGCAAGUAAAGAUUGUAUAACUUAUUUAAAACUACACAUUUACAUAUUGCACAUAUCAUUUACUUUCCUUGUGAAUCUUGAACUUAGUUGCAUUGUUAAAAGACUUUUGCUUGACCUCAAAUCCCUAUUUGACAAAGUAGAAAACAAUUUCAUUCAAUCACAAAACCUUAACUGUUAGUAGUCUGUCCUGCACAAGAGUCAUCAAUAUCACUAGCACAUCCCUACAGUUGUUUCAUCCCCAUGUAUUUGUACUGAUAAUUUCUGCUUCUGCAUAUGAAACGCUGUUCCAAAGAAUCUGUUUAUGGACCUUUGCAGAAGAUGUGAGGGCAUUUCACAAUACAAAAAUGACAAAUAGUUAGAAAAAAAAACAACCAACAUCAUGGGGACUCCCAUUUAUAAAGAAAUGCCUGCAAGUGCCAAUCAGUUGUGUUUCAGAAAACUGUACAGAUGCUCUAUAGUAUAAAUCAGAUUUUAUGAUGUACGGCAAUGUUUGCAGAAACAUUUGGUGUGAAAUGAUGCAGAACAUUUGAUACCCAGCCAAGCUCCCUCAGUUGUAAUGCCUUUACUAUAGCCAUCAAUCCAAACUACAAAGACGACACGCUGCACAUUCCCAGCAUGCAACUUCACCGAGGUCUUGAAUAUAUUAAUUCAUCCCUGUUUAACUGUUUUGAAAACUCUGUACUUGACUUUAAGGGGUGUUUAACUGAUUUAAACAUAAAAAAUACAAUUAAAAAAGCGAGAUCAUGAACAAAGCUACCUGCAAAGAUUCUGUUUGUAAAUUGCAUUUUUCUUAUUGUAUUGUGUGGAUGGUGUAAAAAAUGAAAGAAUGUGUUCGAUUUAACUUAUUACAAUCUGAUACUAAACUCAAUUGUCAUAUUCUUAAUGCAUCGCAACUUUUGCUUAUCUGAAAUUGAACGCAGUUAUCGGACACGAGUCAGUCACGUGGGAUGUGAUAUUACUCAAACUGCUCAACUACUCAUAAACAAUGUGUAUCGUGCUUUUAGGAAUGGAGAAAAUAAACAAAAAUGCACAGAAAGUUGACAUUAUCAGUAAAGAAGUUUGUCUAGCAUCACAUAUAUCUCACAUUAUUAACUUACGUGAGAAGCUUCAGGCUGAUUGCUGUAACCCAACAGUGUGGCGUCUUCAGUACAGCAUGCUGCUAACAUAAACCUGAAAAUUUUGAGAUGUGGGUUAAACUGAUUUACCAAACAAAACGUUAAAACCCUUGUUAGCUAGCUGUAUUUCAAACGGUCCUGUGAUCUGUUAACCAGUUCCCUCUUUCCCAAUGUUUCAUUUCCCGCCUCUGCUCUUUCAUCGCCUUCUAGCUUGACAGUUGUGAUUGUCCUUAUAGUAAUGUGUUUUAUUAAUUGGUUUACACCGAUACUCCUUGCUGUAAACGUGAAUUUGGAAAUAAAGUGCGUAUUAAACUUC